AUGAAACCCAUCCCUCGUACGCCGGGGCAAAGGAGCACCCCCGCCCUGAACACGCUGAUUUCGUGGCAGCAGGAGCGCCUGCGUGGCCCGGCCACCGCGGCCCACGUGCGCGACGAGCGCAGCCCCGUGCAGGAACGUUCCCUCUACGCGUCCUCCCGGUACUCUAUGGUGCUCACGGCCGAGCAGCUCAUUCUAGUUCCGGUCUCUAUGGCGGCGAAGGCAGGAGCGGCUGUGGCGAGGCCGGAGACCCAGCAGCCGCCCACCGCCCCCGCCGCCGCCCUCAGCGCCCCCGACAUCAAGGCGGGCUCCAUGGGCAGUGGCACGGGGAGUGGCGGCCCAGGCGGCCUCACAUCAGGGGCGCCCGCCGGCGGAGACAAGAAGGUCAUCGCAACGAAGGUUUUGGGAACAGUAAAAUGGUUCAAUGUCAGGAACGGAUACGGUUUCAUCAACAGGAAUGACACCAAGGAAGACGUAUUUGUACACCAGACUGCCAUAAAGAAGAAUAACCCCAGGAAGUACCUUCGCAGUGUAGGAGAUGGAGAGACUGUGGAGUUUGAUGUUGUUGAAGGAGAAAAGGGUGCGGAGGCAGCAAAUGUUACAGGACCUGGUGGAGUUCCAGUUCAAGGCAGUAAAUACGCAGCAGACCGUAACCAUUAUAGACGCUAUCCACGUCGUAGGGGUCCUCCACGCAAUUACCAGCAAAAUUACCAGAACAGUGAGAGUGGGGAAAAGAACGAGGGAUCGGAAAGCGCUCCUGAAGGCCAAGGCCAACAACGCCGGCCCUAUCGCAGGCGAAGGUUCCCACCUUACUACUUGAGGAGACCCUAUGGGCGUCGACCACAGUAUUCCAACCCUCCUGUGCAAGGAGAAGUGAUGGAGGGUGCUGACAACCAGGGUGCAGGAGAGCAAGGUAGACCAGUGAGACAGAAUAUGUAUCGGGGUUACAGACCACGAUUCCGCAGGGGCCCUCCUCGCCAGAGACAGCCUAGAAAGGAUGGCAAUGAAGAGGACAAGGAAAAUCAAGGAGAGGAGACCCAAGGUCAGCAGCCACCUCAACGUCUGUCUCGCCGCAACUUCAAUUACCGACGCAGACACCCAGAGAACCCUAAACCACAAGAUGGCAAAGAGACAAAAGCAGCCGGUCCACCAGCUGAGAAUUCAUCUGCUCCCGAGGCUGAGCAGGGCAGGACUGAGUAA